AUGAGCUCGGCUGGCAACAAUGAUGCCCGCUUGCGCGUCCCGGACCAGCGUCUGGAUCAUUUCGGCGCCUUGACCAACACCCUAGCCAGCUGCGUCUUCAUCCAGCUCGCGUGCUCAUACUACUACGAUAACUUGUCCAUCCUGCUAGUGCUGAGGACCGCCGCCCAAGUCCUCUUCGUCGACAUCACGGCGUCACUAGGCCCUGUGCUGUUCAUCAACGUCAUAUGCAUCCUCACGCAUGUCCUACACGCGGCUCCGGCGGCAACCGCCCGGAGUGCGCGCGGAUACAUACACGGUUCCCUAUUCGUGGACUUGGUGGGCGAGCCGGAGAAGACUUCCAAAUGGCGGCUGCUAUCUCAAGACGUGCUAAUAUGCGCGCUUCAGCUCAUCAUGCUGGCAAUUGCAUACGAGCGUUAUUUGCUCACAGAAGGCAAGAAAGAAACAACGCCUCCGCAAACACUCGAUGCUGAGGAGGAAGGGCGUCAAGAAGGUGUAAACGAGGACACUGGCGAGACUGAGGACGGCAUAGAGAUGCAGACACUACUGCCACACUCGGAAGAAGCAACCGCAUCAGGAGCUAGUGCACAGAAUGACCUGGUGCUUACGCUAAACGUCAGACGGAGUCUGAAAGGGUUGGUGGCACUCAACAAAGCCAACUCGACAGUGGCUACAGUGAGCAGUGCUUCAGAGAGAGCAGAUCGCCUGAGGGCGCUUCUCAUGCGUAUAGCGGCUGAACGAGCUGGUGCAGGAACCGCUGCAGCAACUGGUACAGGGACUACUACGGGAAGCUAA